GUCCUUUCUCUCACCUUUUUCCUCCCAGAUCAUAUCCAGCAAGUCCAUGUGAGCUUUUCAGAUGGAGCAAGCGACACAAAGCAAGCGAUAAAGCCAAGAACUAAAUCAUUAUUCUGGAGAGACCCGGCUUAAUCCCCUUUACAAGUGGUCACAGAAAUAUAGAGGAAGGAGUUCAUAAUUUUACAGUAACAUACAUACAGAUCCACCAAAGGCAAUAGCAUCUCUGGCUACUGCUCCUGGCUCAAAAUGCUGUUUACUUUAGGACUUCUCCUCCUUCUCACCCCAUUUCCCUCCCUUCAAACCACGACCAAUGAGAGGAGAAACUCGACAGGAAGCGAAGCGAGCAAACCCAAUGCCGUUUUCACCCUGUCAAAACCAAAAACCACUGUUGCUCUCGCCAAACAGACCGCUCGCCCAACCCUAAAGCCAAACACAGUCAAUCAGACAGUCUUACCCACUCCAGCAGCCACGAAAAGCAAGCCCAGCGCAGCAGUGAUUCAAACCACUCCGCCAGCAGUAAAGGCUACUCCAGUCACUGGCACCGUCACCAACAAAGACAAGCACACAGCCUCAGUCAAUCAAACUGUUUUAGCUAAAUCCCCUGCAGCCAGUGAAGUGAAGCCUACCAAAGACAAGCCUGCCCCCACUGGAGCACCGAAUGUACAAUCAGCAUCCACAAAGUCUGCUUCAGCCAGUGGUGCUAAAACCACCAAAGACAAGCUGCAGCCUGCAGCCAAUCAGACCGUUACAGUGAAAUCUCCUUCAACCAGUGAUGGGAAGACUGCCAAGGACAAGCCUGCCCCCACUGUAGUUCAAAAUGUUCAGUCAACAUCCCCAAAGUCUGCUCCUGCCAGUGGUGCUAAAACCACCAAAAACAAGCCCACAGUCUCCGUCAAUCAGACUGUUGUAGCUAAAUCUCCCUUCGUCACUGAUGUGAAGAACUCCAAAGACAAGCCUGCCCCCGCAGUAGUUCAAGCUGUUCUGUCAACACCAGCGAAGGCGGCUGCAUCUGGUGGCUCUGCAGCCGACAAAGAGAAGGUCACAUCCUCUGCCAAUCAGACCGCUGUGGUCAAAGCUCCCACCACCAAAGAAAAGCCUGCCCCAACACAACCAAUCAAAGUGGUCAUCAGUGAAGGCUGCGACUCCAGCAGCACCAAGGAGCAGGAGCUGAAGCUGAAGCCUGGCGCUCCUCUGGUGAUGACGCAUAAGAUCAGCUUGUUGCCCGGUGGUUGCACUGGGGGAUGUGAGUCUGAGAUGGCGGCGCUGAAAAUGCGUGUGGCCCGACUGGAAAGAGAAAUGUCCUCCUUCAAAGAGCAAUGUCCAUGUUCUGCAAAUUGUCAAAAUGACUGUAGUGGCAAUGGGGAAUGUCAGAAGGGGAAAUGCAUCUGCCAGCAGGGAUUCAUGGGUCCAGACUGCAGUAAGUGUGCACAGGGAGCCGAGUGCAACAAAAAAGCUGCCAAAGGAAAGGCCAAGGUAACAGUGGAAACAGUUACCCUGCAGGUGAACAAAGACAAGGAGAACAUGCAGGAGAAAACCACCAAGGCAGAGCACACCCUCCUCCAGAAGAAGGAGCAGAAGAAGGUGUCUGAAGCCAAAGAGACAGACACCAAACCCAAAGUGGCUACAAAUGCUAAAGCAGGUCUUGUUAAAACACAAUCAAAACAAGAAUCUUCUGUCAAGAAAAUAACUAUUAAAGACUCUUCAAGUGCCACAAAGGCCAGUCGCCCAACUGUUGCUCAAGUUCUGUUGAAGCAUGAGGGAAGAAAGAAAGAAGAGGCCCGCAAAGGCAAAACAACAGUCUUGACCUCUAAAAAGGUCCUCCAAAAAACUGACCUCAAGCUAAUUAAGGAAGGAACUGCCAGUAAAACAUAUCCUAAAUCUGACCAACUGAAAGAUGAACCUCAAACCAAUGUAACUCAGAGUAACCUGAAGAAAUCUAAUGGCACGGCUAAAAUUGUGACCAUUCUGACCAAGGUCAUGGCAACCAACAAAACCAGAGCGGGGAAGGAGAUCCUGGAGCAGUCCACACUGGCUGAGAAGAAUGUUACUCAAUCAUCUGGACAUAAACGCACCAAGAAGGUCAAAGCAGAGACUGUAACUGUGCAAUCUGUUGACAGCAGACACACUGAAGCUGGCAAGACUGGAAAAGAGAAAGUUACACAGAAGAGUCAGUAUGUUGUGAAUGCAACCAUUGCGUCAACUUCAGGAGACACUCGAGUUCUGCACAACAAGACAACAGUCCACGGCUCUGGGAGCUCAAGGAGGAUGGGAGGAUCUGGACUAGGUUCGGUCAAGGUCAUGAACAUCUCUUCCUACAGCUUCACUGUCACAUGGUCAGCCCCACAAGGGAUGUUCAAGACCUUCACCGUGAUCAGAAGAGAGCCACGAUCAGAGGGUGACGAAGACUACCAUGAGGAGUUUGAAGAGGAGGAUCUCGAAGGAGACAAGGCCUCCACUGCUAAGAACACAACUGAAGUUCAGGUACACAGUGAGAGCACCAACGCAACUGCAGCUUCUGGUAAAGCUGUUGGAUCUAGAGGCAGAGCUGAAACCAAGCGGAUCUCUAUGGUGGUCCCUGGCAACGUACGCUCUGUGGAGUUCAGCAACCUUCGGGCAAGCACAGGCUAUGUCCUGUACAUAUAUGGUGCUGCAUCUGAGAGACGAUCAAAGAUUCACAGAGUAACUGCAGUUACAGGUCCUGAGCCAGCCACCGAGAUGGUUUUCAGCAAUGUGACAGAGUCUUCUCUCACUGUUUCCUGGUCAAAACCAAAGACCACAUUUGCAGGCUUCAGGGUCACAUACACCAACAUUAUCACAGGGGAGAUCCGCUUUGUGACUGUGGACUCUCAGCAAUCUCAAGUGGUUCUGUCCAGUCUGUCCGCUGGAUCCUCCUACAUUAUCACUGUAACUACCACACAAGGCAGAGCCCAGAGUGACGCCCUCACAGCCGUUAUCACCACAGUGCCUGCCCCUCCGACACAUCUGCAAGUUGUCAAUGUGACAGAUACCAGAGCUGUGCUGCAAUGGACACCCAGUCUGGGCAAAGUAGACCGCUUCAUCAUCAGCUAUGAGUCCUCCAAGACUCCUAAUGUGACAGUGACAGUGAUGCUGUCUGGAAACUCGGUGGAGCACCAGCUGAGAGGCCUGCAGAGAGGCACCCUGUACACAGUCAAAGUCCUGAGCCAGAAGGACAGCCUCCAGAGUAUGGCCAUCUCAACUACAUUUACUACCGCUACUGUGGUCAAAGCCAGUGAAGUGGGUGCUCGCUAUGCCGUGGUGGCAUGGAAGAUGUCCAGUGUUGUUUAUAACAGCUACAGACUGAUCUACCAGGUGGCAGGAGAGGAGACAAAGGAGGUGAUCCUGGACGGAUCCAUCACGGAGUAUAAGCUGACAGGGCUGUUGUCGAUGUCACGCUAUAUUGUUCUGGUACAAGGCGAGAGAGAUGGACACUACACGUCUGUUGUCACGACUGAAUUCAUCACAGGCAAACUGCGUUUCCCUUUCCCUACUGAGUGCUCUCAGGAGCUGCUCAACGGAGCUCUGGAGUCAGGUGAGGUGGAUAUCUACCCGCAAGGUAAAGAGGGACGAGCGGUCAGAGUCUAUUGUGACAUGGAGACGGACGGAGGUGGCUGGACGGUGUUCCAGAGGAGGAUGAAUGGAAAGACGGAUUUCUACAGAACCUGGAGUGAAUACAGUGCUGGCUUUGGAAACCUCAGCGAAGAGUUCUGGCUCGGAAAUGAGCUUCUUCACAACCUGACCAGUGUCGGCCCUGUAAGUCUGAGAGUGGAUAUGCGAUCUGGAAAUGACACCGCUUACGCUCACUAUGCUAACUUCUCCAUUGAUUCAGUGGAGAGGCACUUUACUCUUACAGUGUCUGGCUACACUGGAACUGCAGGUGACUCUAUGAGGUACCAUAAUGGGCGUCCAUUCUCAGCCCGCGACAAGGACCCUGAUCCUCUGGGGAUCCACUGUGCCAGGGCUUACAUGGGAGGCUGGUGGUACAAGAACUGCUACAAGACCAACCUCAAUGGUCUUUUUGGCAUCAACAGUAAUAAUCAGGGAAUAGUCUGGAUAGACUGGAAGGGUAAAGAUGCCUCCAUUCCCUUCACUGAGAUGAAGUUCAGGCCGUCCAGGUUCUCUCCUGCAACUCAUGGCUAAAUAUACAUCAGUCUUCAUGGGUUCUCCAGUCUGAAAACCUUGCAUCUGACAGAGAACCACAGCUCCAGAAUCCAGAAGAAAAGUGGAUCUCACAGUUGCUGCAUGUCACUUUCCAACUCAAAUUGCAUGUACAGUGGUGUUGAUAGCUGUAACAACAGCGUGCAAGAUUUUUUCUGAUGUUUUUUUCUUCUCUCUGGAAAUAAACCAAAAGAGUGGAGAAAUCUUUAUUGCAACUUUUUGUAUACUGUUCUGCUGUUCUGCCCGACCCGUCCAUUUCAACACAGUUUUGUUUUGACUCGUCUUGUGCACCACCACGGUAUGCCACCCCACUACUACUGUAAUUAAAAAUGCACUGUCUCACUCCAUUGGAAUAAA